UUGGCAGUGAGAAGGCUUGAGAUGGGUGAGAGCUUAAGACUGGAGAGAGGCCAUAGGAAAGAGUCUCCUUGAGCUCAAAGCUUGGGGUCCGAACAGAGCAUUCUAUAAACUUACUAGGAGUUGGAAAAGACUACCAGAGACGUUAGGAUUCUCCUCACCAACUCUAUUGGUCGCUUCCCCAACACUACUACCCUCUCUCCCCACUCUUCCUAUCUGUCUUCUGGGCCUUGGUGUCUCAGAAAAUGUGACUUCUUUUCUCUUUUCUUUUCUUUUCUUUCCCUUCUCUUCCCUUCCAUUUGACCAGCCAGAAGGGCUCUGCCUUCCCUUUGUCUUGUUGCCCUUCUGAGAAUUUGGCUUUGUGGGUUUCCUUUUCCCUCCAUCUCCUUUCCCAUCUCCAUCAUUGUAUCCUUUUUCAGUCCUAGAGAUUGGUCUUAGAAGUUGGAGUUUGGUUACCUGUUCCAAAGAUCACUGUUUUUGAAGCCCUUCUGGGGUGAAAUUUGUUUUUGGAGGCAAUGAAGGUGACUUGUGACCUUGAAGUGGAUGUCAAUGGGGAAGAGAUCUUCUUAGUGAGUAAGGAAAUCCUUUCAUCAUUCUCUGGUAGGCUGAGGAAGUUAUUUAACAAACCAUCAGAUGCAGCAGCGACUAAGGUUCUGAAAGUAAUAUUCCAUGACUUGCCAGGAGGGCCUGAGGCAUUUGAGCUCAUGACCAGGUUCUGCUACAGUAAUGGCGGAAUUCAGAUAACUCCCACUAAUACCUGCGUUCUCCACUGCAUAGCUCAGUUUAUGGAGAUGAGCGAGGAUGUCUCUUCCUCCCCAAACUUGAUCGAGCUGACUGAAAAAUCUCUUGAGGGAAUUCUUUAUUGGACGUGGUCCGAGAUCGUGAAUGCCUUGAAACAGUGCCAAGAUUUCUUCCCUGCAGCCAACUCCUCGGGGAUCGUUGAUAAAAUAUUAGAGACUCUAGUAGGAAGAAUCACGACAGCCAGUGAUACAAGUCCUACAGGUUCCUCUCCGGAGAGCUUCACUUUCCGCUUUUCAUGUGAUACAAGGAGUACCGUUAGCACUAAAAACAGCAAUUACCGAGUUUGGUGGUUUGAAGAUCUUGUGGUUUUGAACUCCGACUCUAUCAAGAAAAUAAUCAAGAGCAUGGUUUCUCAGAAAGUAGAUCAUGCGACGGUCAGUAGGUUCCUCUUUUACUACAUCAAAUGUAAAUUUUCCAAUGCCACCUCUGAUGAGAAGAAGAAAUGCGCUGAAGUUGUGGUCGACUUGCUCUACUCUCUUGAUAGAAGCUCAGUGUCCUGCAAGAGCUUGUUUGGAAUUCUUCGGAUCUCAUCAUCUCUGAAUCUAAGCAAGUGUUGCAGGAGCAGAUUGGAGAGUAUGAUAGGAAGUCAGCUUGAUCAAGCAACAUUGGACAAUUUACUUGUGCCAGCCCCAGCUGGGAUGGAAAGUAUUUAUGAUGUAAAUCUAGUCUUAAGGUUUGUGAAAUCUUUUCUUAGUGCUGGAGGCCAAGCAUCUGUAACUAGAUUGAAGCAGGUGGGGAGCUUAAUUGACUUAUACCUAGCAGAAGUUGCUCCUGACUCAUGUUUGAAGCCCCCAAAGUUCAUUGCACUAACUAUAGCCCUACCUGAUGCUGCAAGAGAUUCUCAUGAUGCCAUGUACCAAGCAAUCGUCAUUUACCUUGAGGUUCAUGCUCAAUUAUCUGAGGAAGAGAAGAUGAAUAUAUGUUGUGCCAUAAACUGCGAGAAGCUUUCAGUGGAAUCCUGCAAGCAUCUUGCAUGGAACUCAAAAGUUCCUAAGAGGACAGCAGUCCAAGCACUAAUUUCUCAACAAUUGAAGCUCAAGAGCCUACUCGAAGACACCAACCACUUAAAAUCUUUCAGUUCUCCUCUCAAGGGAAAUGAGUAUGAGAAAAAUCAAUGUGACGAUGGUGAGCAGAUCAUUCUUUAUGCAAAGAAGCUCAAUUUGCCAAUGGAGAAUGAGAAGCUCAAAGCCCAUCUGCAAGGAAUGCAAUGCAGGGUAAUGGAAUUGGAGAAGAUUUGCAAAAAAAUGCGAACGCAGAUGGCAAAGAUCAUGAAGACUGAGGUAUCCAGUCCUGGUAGCUCGAGAUCAGUCCCUAGACUAUGUUCAUGAUUCAAUUCUAUAUAUAUAUAUAUAUAUAUAUAUAUAUAUAUAUAUAUAUAUAUAUAUAUAUAUAUAUAUUUGUACAUAAUAUUAUUGUUGACAAGUGGGUUCCACAGUAUCUGCUAUAAUGUCUUGGUCCCUUCCUGUGGUAAAGCUGGUAAGCGAGCGGUGCCUUUAACAGAGGAAAAUGAAAGA